AUGAUAAUGUCGCACUCUUUCAUUAACUCCGGCGCGCACGCGCCCAUCCCGACCGCGCGUGACCUUCCCGCUGCGGUACUCUUUCCCCGUCGCUCAACAAAUUUCCCGGCCGAUCCCCGGCGGCAUGCCCGGUUCAGACGGCUCAGUUUGUCCUCCUCUCGAGGCAGGACCUCUAUUGCUGCUGCGUUUGAUUUUAAAGGUGGACAAGGGAUGAACAGUUUUCACGAUAUCGAACUUGAAGUUCGGGACUACGAACUGGAUCAAUACGGCGUCGUAAAUAAUGCUAUAUACGCAAGUUACUGCCAACAUGGUCGUCAUGAACUUUUGCUGAGAAUGGGUGUGAGUGCAGAUGCAGUCGCCCGAGCUGGUGAUGCGUUAGCUCUAACUGAAUUGUCACUCAAGUUUAUUGCACCUUUAAGGAGUGGAGACAGGUUCCUUUUGCGGGUAAGGGUAUACGACUCUUCUGCUACUCGGAUGUUCUUCGAACAUUUCAUCUACAAGCUUCCCAAUUUAGAGCCCAUCGUGGAAGCAAAGGCCACAGCAGUUUGGCUCGAUAAGAAUUACCGUCCGGUUCGUAUUCCUGUGGAUGUAAAAGCUAAGUUCACUCAGUUCCUUAGACAUGGAGACACAAACUGA